AUGGGAAUGGCAGUGAACGUUAUACUACUGUGUUUUUUGGCUGCCACGUCCGCCCAGUUCAUCGAUGAAUUUCAAGAGUUUAACGUAGAAUGUCUCGGCGAGGGCGUCUUUGAAUGUAGGAGUGGCGAGUGCAUAUUUCAAGAAAGGAUUUGCGAUGGUAACUACGAUUGUAAUGAUGGCAGCGACGAAAACUUUUGUGUGAACCAGAAACCAGAUUCGAAGUACUGCAAUGAAACUCACCAGUUCCUGUGUCGUGAUGGUAAUAAAUGCAUCCCAAACACGUGGGUAUGCAACGAAGACCCUGAUUGCGACGACCAAAGUGAUGAGUGGAACUGCACUGUGGUUGUUAUAGCCCCUAAUGCUACGUGCAUGGGUUUCCAGUGUGACGGUAGUAAGUGUAUCUCCAAGUUUUGGAUGUGCGAUGGAGUAUAUGACUGUGAGGACAAAUCUGAUGAGGAUAUUGAGCGUACUUGCAGGCACGCUCUACAUCCGCGUCGUGUGAACAACGGCCAAGAUUGCAAGUCCGAAGUGGUCGGUCUCUACGAGAAGGAGUACUCGUGUCUCGACACAUCCUUUUGCUUGCCGAAGGACAAUAUGUGCGAUGGUAUCAAAGAUUGUAAAGAUGGCAGCGACGAAGGGACAUUCUGCCAACAUUGGCAAACGAUGUGUUCGAACUUCUCCUGCAACGGUACGAAAUGCGUACCAGACCGAACCGGCCCUUACUGCGACUGCCUCAGCUCUCAUUACAAAUACAAUUACACGACGCAAGUGUGUGAGAACAUUAAUAAUUGUCUGGAUGAUGUUCCAUGGUGUUCCCAUCGCUGUGAAAGAGUGGGCACCGCUUUCAGGUGUUUGUGUGAGCCAGGAUACGUCAUGGACAGCGCUAGAUACCUCUGCUACGCUCCUGAUCCCGAAGCCAUGUUGUUCUUCAGCACACGCAACGCCAUUAGUUAUAUCAAAGUGAAAUCUAAGGAACAGCGUGUUAUCGCAUCUGGCAUUAAACAGGCGCAUGGAGUCACUUACGAUGGGGCUUAUGUAUACUGGGUUGAAACGGCUGACGGACACCAAGCUAUUGUUAGAGCUCUGAUUACCAAUGUUCAAGAAACGAAAGAAGUAAUAGUUGCUCUGGGCUUGGAAGACCCUGGUGAUAUAGCUCUGGACUGGCUCGGUGGAAACAUUUACUUCACAGAUGUAGAACGUGGUAUUAUUGGUGUUUGCAAAACUGAUGGAUCCGUGUGUAGCGUUUUGCACGCGAAGACUAAGAAUCCUAGAUACGUCACAUUGGAUCCAGUUAAUGGCCAAAUGUAUUGGGCGGAUUGGCAAGAGAGGGCGCUGAUAUUAACAUCUCGAAUGGAUGGUUCAGAUGGCAAAGCCGAAAUUUUGGUCGAUAACCUGGGACAUCUAAGGCCUACAGGUCUUACCCUUGAUAGCCCCAACCAACGGAUGUACUUCGUUGAUGGCACUAUAAAAGUAGUUAAAUUGUUUGAUAGGAAAGUUUAUUCACUAUUCGAAGAGCCUCACCACCAGCCCUACUCAAUAUCAGUCUUCGAGAAUACUGUCUACUGGAGUGACUGGACGUCCGGUACCAUACAGACUGCUGACAAACUACACAGUUCCGAAAAGAGGGAUCUACUUGCUAAUCUAAAAGAACCUGUUUUUGCAAUACCGGAGUAUCGUCCUCAGCAUCUGGUCGUUGGCAGUGGGUCCUUAUUCACUCGGAUACAAUACAGCGCCUUAGGGAACCCGGAGACCCACGCCACACACUUCGACAUAGGACGUGUACAAGCAAUGGCAUACGAUAAUCGUAGAGAUACCCUAUAUUUGUAUGAUGGCCAUAGAAAAUCUAUUAACUACAUAAAUAUGAGUGACUUUACUCUUGGCGUCACGCAUUUAGUGUCAUAUGUUGGAUUUGAUAAUGUUGUAGAUAUGGAUUACGGUAAGCGUCUAGUAAUAGCAGUAGCCGAAAGUGAGCUCAACAACGAAAUUCAUAUAGAUAGCAUAGGAUUAGACGGAAACGAUAGAAAACAUGUUCUCACCAAUAAUCUAUUAGGUCCCAAUAUCCGUCUGCGAUAUUCGUCAGAAAUGGACAUUAUCUAUGUUGCCGAUGAAGGAAGUGGUGUUAUUGAUUACUUGCAUCCAGAGGGUACGGGCCGAGAACAUUUUCGUAAAUUCGUGACCUCGUUGGGAAGUUUAGCGGUUACAGACACACACGUCUUCUGGUCAGACAGACAUACACAGCAUCUGUACUGGGCUGACGUACACAAGGCUGGUUACAAAUUACGUAGAAUGAGUUUAUCAAUUUUCAGUAAUAAAACGUUCCUACACCUCCAAGCUACAACACCACCAAUGCACAGCACAAAUCCUCUAUUAAAACACGCAUGCAACCAAAACACGACUCCUUGUUCUCACAUCUGUGUCCAAGUCUCCCACCCAGUCCCACAAGACCUUGACAUGGGUUAUAAAUGUCUAUGCCCAGUUGGCUUACUUCAGAUAGACAAUAAAUGUGAAGAGAUAGUCUCCUGUAAGCCUUAUGAACAUUACUGCCAUAGAAGUAACGAGUGCUUUUUGUCAAGUAAAAGGUGUGACGGCCACAAUGAUUGUAAAUUCGGCGAGGAUGAAGAGAACUGCUCACCAACGACGGCUAUCACAGAAAAUCCACUAUGCAAAUUUGAUGAGAAAUGGUGCAAUAAUACGUGCAUCAAUAGAAACGCAAUAUGCAAAACUGAUGAAGUGACUUGCAGUCCUACAGAAGACCGUUGUGGUGAUACAUCUAUAUGCAUAGAGAGGUCGUCAAUUUGCGACGGAAUAAUAGACUGUCCAGAUGGAAGUGAUGAACUACCAGCUGAAUGUGAUACCCUAUCGUGCUUGCAGUCAGAGUUCAUGUGUUCAUCCGGAUACUGUAUACCUUCGACAUGGCGAUGUGACGAGUCAAUGGAUUGUGCUGAUGGAUCAGACGAAAUUAAUUGUGUCCCACGUGAUAAAACCUGCCCAGAAGACUUCUUUCAAUGCGGCGAUUCCUCUUGUAUCAAACUGAUCAAACGCUGUGACGGCAAUUUCGACUGCUCCGAUGCAUCUGAUGAGAAUAACUGCGAUGCAUCGGAAAUUUUAACGGACUUCAUCCCAUCUUGUCAUCCUUGGGAAUUCAGCUGCGAACUCAACUCAAGCAUUUGUUUACCAUUAACAGCUCGGUGUAACGGCAAAGUGGAAUGUCCUGGGCGUACCGACGAAGUUGGAUGUGAUUUCCAUUGUGCCCCGAAAGGCAUGUUUCCCUGCAAACAGGAGCUCGUCUGCGUAACGAAGAGGCAACUCUGCAACGGACGCAACGACUGUGCUGAUGGUUCUGAUGAAACGGUGGAAGCUUGUGAAAAGGCCAAUAAAAACAUCCCAUUGAAAAAAAUCAGCACCCCAACGACCUCAUGUACCAAUGGCUUCAGAUGUGUUAACGGAGAAUGUAUAGAAUGGGAACAAGUUUGUGACAAAGUCACUAACUGUCAGGAUGGCUCUGAUGAGAAUGGAAAUUGCACGAACCCGUGUACGGAGUUAUGCCCGAAAUUUUGCCGGCCCACACCACAAGGACCGGCCUGCGUUUGUCCAAAUGGAUAUAAAAAGAACGGCAAUGAUUGUGACGAUGUAGAUGAAUGUUUGUCAGACGUCUGUGCUCAAGUGUGUCACAACACACCGGGAUCUUUUGUAUGCUCGUGUCACCUCGGAUAUUCGCUGAGAUCCGACCACCGUACCUGCAAAGCCUUAAGCGGCGACACAAGCAUCUUGUACUCAAACGGCAACAGCAUAUGGUCGGUUUUCGCUCACCGACACUUCCUGGAACACACUUAUUUCCAAAACAUAUCUAUCACUGACCUAGAUUAUGAUUUUAGGAACAAUAAAUUGUAUAUAAGCGUUUUAGAGAGUGGAGAGGUUAUAGAAAUUAACAGAAAUCAAAACACUUCAACUACCACUGCUAUAGGCAAUAUCGGUUGGCCUACUAAGAUAUCUGUAGAUUGGAUAACAGGAAAUGUAUACUUUGUGGACGCCACGCCAGAUAACAUCUUCAUCAGGGUCUGUAAUUUCGCCAAGAAGUCUUGUGCUCGGUUAGAAAGAAUGCCAUCUAACUCUGUGGUACCAGCUCUAGUAGUAGAUCCAGUACAUCGUUUAAUGUUCUACUGUAUAUCCCAAACGAAUGGCAGUGCCGUAAAAUCCGCCUCCUUAGCUGGAAGGGACUCAGCCAAUGUAGCGUACGUUAGUAAUUGCACUGGUUUGGCCAUAGAUAGCUCAGCGAAGAAAUUAUAUAUUUUUGACAGCCCUGGAGAGUUGUGGCACGUCGAUUAUAACGGGCUCCAUAUAGCUCCGCUAUUCAAGCGCAAUCCGCACAUACAAUCUCCAAGGAGUCCAACUAUACUAGAAGGCUACAUUUACUACCUGGACGGUUACAAAUUGAAUCGCUGCUUACUAAAAGGCUUUCAGACAUGUGAAACCUACUUAUACAUAAACGCUACGAACUUUGCGAUUCGCCGUCAAAGCGUAGAGGCUGAAAACGGAUGUUUGAAUAGUGCAUGUUCAAAUGUGUGUGUGCUGGCAGACUUCCCCAAUUGCGUAUGUGGAAACGGUGAUCUUUCGGGAGAUGGCAUUUGUGCGGAUUCGAAGAAAAUUGAGGACGUAGCUCAAGCAAUGGUCCGCUUAUUUCUUGUGGGUUUCGGAGCCGCUUACCGAAAUACCCGAACAGUGCAGAUUGCUUCACAUCAGCUCUGUUCGGGUACUUCGAAGAGCAAAUCCUUGUUGUACAAAAUCUUCCAUCCUGAAGACCAGCAACCGUUGAUAACUGUCUUACCGCUUAUUAAUGGGCAAGUUCUUCAAGAGGUUUCUUCUGGUAAAUCGGUCACCUCCACUCUGAUUAUUGUUGUCCUUGUCCUGUUCGGAAUAUACCUUUGCGUGUUUCUUUACUAUCAGAUCGUAAAGGUACGCAAGAAUCGCCGAGACAAUUACGUGCAGGUUAGAUACGAGAAUCGGCCAGGAUCAGAUGGAGUGACACGUUUCACAAACUCAAUUAUUGAGAUUCCUACUGCUGGAAGAACAAAUCAUGAAUUCGUUAAUCCACUGCAGUAUGUCAGAAAUAUAUGGAAUGAUUCAUUUCAGAGAACAAAGCCAAUAGCAACACAAGAAUUGGCAUUUGAGACACAACAGAAUAUAUCUGACACAGAGUCAGAUAUUGAUAUAAAUGAAAGCAAGAAAUUAUUAAGAUUAAGAUAA